UCAAGGUUGACGACAAACUACCACCAGCCUGGCCUAAAAAACCACCGACGACACCCGUCCAGCCCCAGAACGAGUUUAAGAACUCUACUACCUCCAGAAACACAACCGCAGUAAAUAUGACGCGGCCAGCAGACCCAGAAAAUGUCACUUCCGUGCUCAUCAACAAAAUUAUGGAAGGCAUCAGAAAUGACGCGACUACCGAAAACCUCGACCUGAAGAAGAAUGAGACCUUCCUGCCGCUCUGUGAUGAUACUGUACCGUCAGACUUUGGACCAAUACCAGUGAAUAAAACUGAAUUAGAACUGGACUGGGUGGAGAAGAAGUAUCCCGAAGUCCAGUGGGGCGGACGGUACGCCCCGCCCAACUGCACUGCCCGCGACAAAGUGGCAAUUAUCAUCCCAUUCAGGGAUCGCCAACAGCAUUUAGCCAUAUUUUUAAAUCAUAUGCACCCAUUCCUGAUGAAGCAGCAGAUCGACUACGGCAUAUUUAUUGUAGAACAAGCUGGCAACAGCGAGUUCAACCGAGCCAAGGUGAUGAACGUGGGCUUCCUGGAAAGCCAGAAACAGCGGCCUGGAGGCUGGGAGUGCUUCAUCUUCCACGACAUCGACCUUCUGCCUCUGGAUCAAAGGAACAUGUACUCCUGCCCGCGGCAGCCGAGGCACAUGUCUGUGUCUGUAGACAAGCUGGACUUCAAGCUGCCAUAUGAAGACCUCUUCGGUGGAGUAUCAGCUCUGUCUCUGGAGCAGUUCAUCAGCGUCAACGGGUUCUCCAACAAAUACUGGGGUUGGGGAGGCGAGGAUGACGACAUGUCUUAUAGGUUGAGAAAAAUGAACUAUCACAUAGCAAGGUAUAAGACGUCCAUUGCGCGGUACGCCAUGCUAGAUCAUAAGAAAUCUUCACCCAAUCCAAAGAGGUACCAACUGUUGUCGCAGACCACCAAAGUGUUCCAGAAAGAUGGAUUAACAACCCUAGAGUAUCAACUAGUAGAAAUCACACUGAAGCACUUAUACACCCACAUUUUAGUAAAUAUAGACGAGCGUAGCUGAUGGACAUAUCUCGCCAAACUGUUGUUUGGCGACUACCGGUAACGAAGCGGGUGUGAAACUAUGUGAUAUUGUUAAAGUGGUUACCCUUGUGAUCUCCGAAAGACAUCAAGUUAAGUGAGUCCACUGGGGUUGAUUCUGUAACCUAAAAACGUAAUAGACUUUUACAAAUCAACUGACUCUGUCGUUUUAGAGGAGUUAAAGACAGCAAAGCACAAUUCGUUACAGAAAGGGCUGAGAGUGAUUCAGUCUUGUAUUAUUGUUAACCAAAUAUUACAGUAAGCAGCAUGUAAAUAUGUACAUAAAACUAGUUCAUGAAAUUACAUUUUGUAGCCAUGCGUUUUUAUAUUUAAAAUAUUUACGCAACUUUUAUGGAUUCAAUCGUACAUUCGAUGCAAUGCCCGAUUCCUAAAAGUUAUUAAUUUUGCCAAAUGACCGAGUUAUAUCUGCUCAUUAGUUAAAGGAAUCGUUCUGAAAAUAGGCACCAUAAAUUACGUAUCAAUAAGUAAUGUUUUUACCAAAAUCUGACUGAAUCACAAUGCCUGUUGAUUACUUUUCGCCUUUGUAAAGUGAAUCUAGAUUUUUAUAUAAUAUCGUUCGGGGUCAAACUUCGACGAAUGAGUUUUAAGUGUAGUUUAACCGACUUGACCACAAAAAGCAACCUUAUUUGUCCCCUAUUAACGAGUAACAGGAUUUUAUUCGCUGAUGGGGCAAAUUGAUGAGCACAAAUGCGAUAUCCCACGUUUGUUCAAUCGAUGAAACUGGAUGUAAGCAGUGGACAGUGAGCAUGACAUGUAAAAUAUCCAUAAAUAAAGUUUUUUACUCGCAUCGCUAGUCGUUAGUACAACUGAUCAUAGUGUUUGCUUAUUUUUUUAUUUUUGUUCCUUUUAUAAUGUAUGAAGUUUACAUAAGUACAGUUGUAUAUUGUAGGAAUAAGUUUAGAACAAACAAUAAAUAGUAUUAAGAGAUCCAUUUGUACAGGCCAUAAAAUAUUUAGAUUAUGGAUAAUGACAAUAUUGAAUUUUGUAAAAAGUAGCCAAUUUAUUAUUUAUUUCAUGGAAACGUAUUUUCUUUUUUUUUAUAAUAAAUCAUCAACAUCACCUAAAUUUUUACCAUAAAAUGAAAUCAAAUAUAAAUAUUAAAGUUUUAUAUAAAAAGCACAAUAUGUAAUGAAAUAAAAAAAAUAUGUGCAACACUUUCUUUUCAAAGAAUAAUUUUAAUCGGCCUAAAUUGUCACGUUAUUUUUAUAUUUUGUAUUAUUGAGUAUUUUUACUUUAAGUAGAUAUUUUAAGUUAUAUUACCAUAUUCAAUAAAAAUCAGUUAUUAAAAAACUUUUAAAAAGUUAAUUUAUUUCCGUUAUGAAAUAUAUAACGUACUUAUUAGAUAUAGUUUAAUGUAUAAAGCUUUUAUAGAUAGGGUAGCAAAUCCAAAUAAUCAUCUAGUAUACUUCUUAAACAUAAUUUUUGCUGACCCACUACCAAUAACUAUGUUUAACGAUAACCCCAAUAUAAAAUGAAAAUACUGUUAAAUAUAAUAACUAAAUCAGUGAUAAUAACCGAUACAUCACAUUUUUAUAUAGCAUAUACCUUUUAUGUCUUAUUUGCUUAGCUUUAAGGGAUACAAUGUGAUACCAGAGUUUAAUAAGGAAAAAUAACACUGCUCAAAACAAAAGUAUCCGAAUGUUUAAGUUAUUGAGGUAAUGUGCGGUAAUCCAAUAUAAUAGUAUUUAUUUUUGUAUUAUUUUCUAGUGAAGAAUUGCGAAGAUUGAAGAUACCUAAUAUUUUUAUGUAGAGAGUAGCAAGUGAUAAAAUGGAAAACAAAAUAUCCCGUUUUUCUCAUACACUAUAUUCACAAUAAUGUAUUGCGUGCCGAAAUGAAUAUCGCUUUUUUUCCAAAAUCAAAUUGACUUUUGUAUUAUAAGUGAAUAAAUUUUCGUCACUUGACUACUUUUCUGUAUGAUAUGGUAUUUUUUUCUGAGCAGUGGCUUAUUUUGGGGUUGGCCUAUAUUUAGAAAUAUUGCUUUUUAUGUAAACAUAAAACGAUGUCGCUUUCUUAUUCAAAAUCUGAAAGCUUUCGUACGUAUACAAAUUACUUCAAAGUUGGAAAAUGUUUAAUUAGGUACCUAUGUACUAGUAAUUUUAUUCUUUUUACGUAAUAUCUUCUGGUACAAAAUUACAAAUACUUAGUUGAAUGUCCGAAAAUGCCUCGUUUUAUGUCGUCAUGGGAAUACUAAGUCAUUUCUUAGAUGUAGUUGUCCCUACUUGGGUUUUUAAUUAGCUUAUGGUAUGGUUUAAAACAUUGUCACAAUUAUUUUUAUAAGUAUUCAGAAUAAAAAUGUGUUACCGCGUAAUGUUGUAAAACCGUCAAUACCAAUUCAAAGUUGGGUAAGGCCUGCGUGUAGUGCAACGACGAUAUUGCGUAUCAUUUAUUUUUUUAAAUUAAAAAAAGCCAUAUCGUACAAUAUAUAGCGUAUAUUGUCUGUUUUUGUAACUUUCCGUAUAUUUUUUUAUUAGCUACCUUGGUAACAUCGUUUAGCCAAAACAUUUUAAAUAUAGAAUGAAGUCAAUAAAUUAAAAUGUAAGUAAGUAGAUGAAAUUUUAUACAAUAUUCAAUUAAAAUAAUUCAAUAAGUAAAGGUUUUAUUCGCAUCAUGCUGUAUAUUGAAAUACAAAAACUAGACGAUAAACCUAAGUCCAAAACUUUGUGGCAAGGGAUCAGUUAAGAAAACUUAUAAAUGUUGUCUUAUUUUUUUGUAUAGCAUGGACGUACCUAUUUACGGUGCAGUCCUGUUGUCCCCCCAACUUGGCCCCCCUAGGGGAGCCAACAGGAUUUCGAAAUCCUGUUGUCCCCCCUGGCUAGGGGAGACAACAGGACUAGAUUUUUAAUCAAUGAUUUGAGGACUGUUGUCCCCCCUGGCAAAAAUUAUUUAAAAGCCAUAAAUGUUUAUAGCAUAAUUUAUGAAAAACUGAAGUAUUUGACUGAAUGCCAAAUUGCCAAACUGAAUACCUAAACGUUUGUCAAGGUAAUAAUUACAAUUUUGAUAGGUAUUGGUGUCGGCCGGUAUUAACUAACACUUACAAACUUGAAAGGCAGGUAGGUUUCCUUAUAGGGUGUAGACAUCCACUAAGAACGAAAUUUAUUUAUUAAAGGAUUGAAAAUAAUAUGACGAAAUCGCGGGCGGCUGCUAGUUGAAUCACUGUCACUGAGCAAGUAAUUUGUUGAAUAUUAUGAUUAACUAGCUGUGCCCGCGACUUCGUAUGCAUGAAAACCCGUUUUCGCAACAUUUUUCAUUUUUGCUCUGCACCUAUUACUUACUCGUAGCGUGAUAGUAUAUAGCCUAUAGCCUUCCUCAAUAAAUGGGCUAUCUAACACUGAAAGAAUUUUUCAAAUCGUACCGAUAGUUCCUGAGAUUAGCGCGUUCAAGUAAACAAACAAACUCUUCAGCUUUAUAAUAUUAAGUAUAGAUUUAAAAUUAUUCAGUUUUAGCAUCCUACCUACUAAUGUUGUAAGUAAAUGCGGAACUUUGUGAGUAUGGAUGUUUGAUACUCUUUCACGUAAAAACUACUAAACGGAUUUUUACUUACAUUGAUAAACUUUACAGUACCUAGAUAAUAUUUUUUAUACAUGAGAAUAGCAUAAUAGAGGUACUCAGCUUUUGCCUACGGCUUUGUCCGCUAUAUGUUUAUAUUUAUUUAUAAAAAAAGAUAAAGUUACUUUCGCAUUUAUAAUAUUACUAGCUUUCUGCCCGCGGCUUCGCCCGCGUGGAAUUUUGUCUGUCACAGAAAAACUUUAUCGCGCGCGUCCCUGUUUCAAAAACCGGGAUAAAAACUAUCCUAUGUCCAUUCCCGGGACUCAAACUAUGUCCCUGCCAAAUUUCAUCGAAAUCGGUUGCGAGGUUUAAGCGGGAAAGCGUAACAGACAGACAGACAGACAGAGUUACUUUCGCAUUUAUAAUAUUAGUUGGGAUUGGGAUUUAGUAGGGAUAAUUCAUAACGAUUUUGUCAAAAGCAAGUAAAGCAGAUUUUGAAAUAGUCUGAAAUAGUACCGGUACCAAGAACUUAUAUUUUUUUCGUUAUCCAAAUGUUAAUAUUAUUUGACAUACGUUUAGGUAUUCAGUUUGGCAAUAAGCCAUUCAUUCAGGUACUCCAGUCCUUCUUAAAUGUUAUAAAAUUUUAUGGCUUUUAAAUAAUUUUUGCCAGGGGGGACAACAGUCCUCAAAUCAUUGAUUAAAAAUCUAGUCCUGUUGUCUCCCCUAGCCAGGGGGACAACAGGAUUUCGAAAUCCUGUUGGCUCCCCUAGGGGGGCCAAGCAGGGGGGACAACAGGACUGCACCCUAUUUACAUUGUUUAAUAUUGUUGCAAAGAAAUCUUUAAAAAUAACAACCUCGCUCUUACCAUAAUUUUACAUGUACCGCUGUAUUAUUGAAUGGUUCAAAAACAUUCCAGCUGCAAUUAUUGAAAAAAAAAAAUGUCUGCGAUUGAGAGCGACAGAGUAUGCAUUUUUGUUGUAAUACGUAAUGUGGUAAAUGUUGUGAUGCUUCGUUUCAUAUAACAGCAUGAUCAGUAUGACCUAUUUAAAAUAGGAGAGCAUAGUUAAAAAAGAUAGGCCUUGAUAAAACUCAUCUGCAUUUUUAAUUCUCUACUUAUAACGCCUAACGUACUAUUGUACAAUGGUCUAUAAGUUUGUUCAUUAUUUAAAGUGAAAACUCUUGAGAUUAUAAUCGAUUAACUUUAGUUUGAUAUCUACUUUAGAAUCCUACCAUCACAUAAAUUAAAUUUUAAAGCAACUUUUAUAAUUUUUCAUCUGGUAAGCUUGUUACCUAUUGAAUUAAUGUUCACUAAUAUAAGUAAAUAAAUGUAUUUCUACGUUAUUGUGUUACUAUAAUUGCUUAGCCAUCCAUUUCAAAACUUACGGACAUGCUUUUAAGUAAAUCAUUGAGUUACUUACUUAAAAGGUGAUAUGUAUAAACUCAUUUGUUUUCCACUGUCCAAAUUUUUGUUUUAUUAAAUAUAUUGUUUGUUUUUAAAAUAA